AUAGCUUUAAACUACAUUCAUUGCUUCGAACUACAACUCCCGACAUGAUUUCACCUUUUAUUCUGAUCUGCUUCCGGUCUUUCCGUCAGCGGCUUGUAAACUGUUUAGUAACACAUGUUUCUGUAGUUUUGUGGAAUUAUUUCCCUAUUAUUUGAUUUAAAUGCAUAUCAUUCGCAGUUUUCGAGUUUGCUCUUUGUGCAGUACUUUAAUUUCUCGUAGCGGAAGAUCCAGAGGUGGAUGGAGGACACUGUUAUUAUUGCAGCAGACUAGCAUCAGGCACUCCGAGGUGACACCAAAGCGCUUCAGUCACGGCGACUUUUUAGAUUUGUACGAGAACGAAUCAGUUCAGAAGUACGUCAAGCAGCUCAUGGACGAGUACACAGACAUAAGUCAGAAGUUACAGCAUGCACACUUGAGCGAAUCGGAUAGAAAAGCGUUCAUAAAGAAGCACGCGGAGCUGGUUCCUCUGGCAAAUGUGUUUAAGAGAACUGAACAAGCAAAGAAGGAUCUCGAAGAGGUUCUGUCAGUCUUGCACAGUACAACUGCCACUGAAGAUGAAGAUGAACAUCUGAUCCAGCUGCUGAGAGAGGAAGAGACACAAAUGACCAGCAGAAUCCUGUCCUUAAAAAAAGAUUUAAUCAAAGUUCUUGUGCCCACCGAGCCUCUGGAUUCAAGUGAUGUGGUUCUGGAGGUCGUAUCAGGACGGACGACAGGAGGCGACAUCUGUCAGCAGUUCACCAGAGAGAUGUUCGACAUGUACCAGGGUUUUGCCUGCUAUAAAAACUGGGACUUUAAGCUUUUGAACUACACACCUGCUGAGUAUGGUGGACUGCACCACGCGGCGGUCAGGAUAGCGGGCGAGAGCGUGUACAGACACCUGAAGCAUGAAGGAGGAACGCACAGGGUGCAAAGGAUCCCGGAGGUGGGCCUGUCCUCCAGGAUGCAGCGUAUCCACACGGGAACCAUGACCGUCAUCGUUUUGCCACAGCCGAAAGACCUCAACCUUCAUAUAGAGCCGAAGGAUCUUCGAGUCGACACCUUCAGAUCUCGAGGAGCUGGAGGCCAAAGCGUCAACACAACAGACAGCGCGGUGCGAAUCGUUCAUCUUCCAACGGGGAUUACUGCUGAGUGUCAGCAGACGCGCUCUCAGCUGCAAAACAGGGAGACCGCCAUGCAGAUGUUGAGGGUCAGACUCUACCAAAGCAUGAUGGGUAAAGAGACAGAGCAGAGGCACACGGCAAGAAAGCAGCAGGUGGGGACACGAUCUCAGUCUGAGAGGAUUCGAACCUACAACUUCAGCCAGGAUCGCGUCACCGAUCACCGUACUGGAUAUUCCACCAGAGACAUCAAAGAGUUCAUGAAAGGAGGGGAGGAGCUUGACGAACUGAUUGCCGACCUUCUUGAACAUGUAGAGCGAGAGGCUCUCCUGGAGGUGGUGGACAGCAGGACUCUGUCCCAAUCUGAGUCGGGACAGUCUGCGGACUGACACCACAUCCCUUUAUCGACUGGUAAAAUCAUUUGUCCUGCUGAUAAACUUAACUUAUUACGAAAACACAUCACAUUUUCAUUUUUCAAAAUAAAACUUGUACAUAUUCUGUGUUUGGGAGUUUUCUCAAUAAAACUGCGAGAGAAUGAAA